CCUUGCUGCGCUCUGAAAAGCUGCGGUCGGGCUCCCCGGUUUCCGCACUCUCGAGAGUCCCACAGCGGGUCGUCACCUCCCGGUGGCCCGGGCCACUCCCCAGUCAGCAGGGGAGGGAGGGGGAACUCGGCUUGGGUGCAUCCCGCAUUUUGUUCAACUGAUGUCUGGUGUGCCCCGCGGCUUGCACACAGUUUGAGUUCGCGCCUGGUCCCCACCCUGCUUUCCCGCUAGUUCGAAGUCUCUGAGGCUCCUGGUCUUUGCUCUAGUGGAUUGGAGAGGUCAGCGUGGAGCUCUGGGGACGUGGGACCGGACCCUUCGAGAGUCCUCAGUUCCGCUCUGACUGCACUCGGGAACUUUGAGCUGCGUUUCGGGUUUUUGUCCCUCUUGGGAGAAGCUGGACUGCGGUUUGGCAGGCCCGGUCCCUAACCAGGAGAGCACGCUGGGGACCAUGGAGUUCACGGCGUCACCAAAGCCCCAGCUCUCUUCUCGAGCCAAUGCCUUCUCCAUCGCCGCGCUUAUGUCCAGCGGUGGCCCCAAGGAGAAGGAGGCGGCAGAAAACACCAUCAAACCCCUGGAACAAUUCGUGGAGAAGUCGUCCUGUGCCCAGCCCCUGGGUGAGCUCACCAGCCUGGAGGCUCACUCAGAGUUCGGCAACGGGGGCGGAAGCCCUUCCUCAUCCUCUCUGUGCACCGAGCCACUGAUUCCCACCACCCCCAUCAUCCCCAGCGAGGAGAUGGCUAAAAUCGCCUGUAGCCUGGAAACGAAGGAGCUCUGGGACAAAUUCCACGAACUGGGCACGGAGAUGAUCAUCACCAAGUCGGGAAGGAGGAUGUUCCCCACCAUCCGCGUGUCAUUUUCUGGAGUGGAUCCUGAGGCCAAGUACAUAGUCCUGAUGGACAUCGUCCCGGUGGACAACAAGAGGUAUCGUUAUGCCUACCAUCGGUCCUCGUGGCUCGUGGCCGGCAAGGCUGAUCCUCCUCUGCCAGCCAGACUCUAUGUGCAUCCAGACUCCCCCUUUACUGGCGAGCAGCUCCUCAAACAGAUGGUGUCUUUUGAAAAGGUGAAACUCACCAACAAUGAACUCGAUCAACAUGGACAUAUCAUUUUGAAUUCAAUGCAUAAGUACCAGCCACGGGUGCACAUCAUAAAGAAGAAGGACCACACGGCCUCCCUGCUCAAUCUGAAGUCUGAAGAAUUCCGAACGUUCAUCUUUCCAGAGACGGUUUUCACAGCAGUCACUGCCUACCAGAACCAGCUGAUAACCAAGCUGAAAAUAGACAGCAAUCCGUUUGCCAAAGGAUUCCGGGACUCCUCCAGGCUCACUGACAUUGAGAGGGAGAGUGUGGAGAGCCUGAUCCAGAAGCAUUCCUAUGCCCGGUCACCCAUCCGCACCUACGGAGAAGAGGAUGUACUGGGGGAGGAGAGCCAGACAACUCCAAAUAGAGGAUCAGCCUUUACAACAUCUGACAAUUUGUCUCUCAGUUCCUGGGUAUCAUCGUCUUCCAGUUUCCCUGGCUUUCAGCAUCCACAGACCCUGACUGCUCUUGGCACCAGCACAGCGUCCAUAGCGACACCCAUUCCUCACCCUAUUCAGGGUUCUCUGCCACCAUAUAGCCGCCUGGGAAUGCCUCUGACCCCAUCCGCCAUUGCCAGCUCGAUGCAGGGAAGCGGUCCUACAUUCCCAUCAUUCCAUAUGCCUCGAUAUCAUCAUUACUUUCAGCAGGGGCCCUAUGCAGCCAUCCAAGGACUACGCCACUCCUCUGCGGUGAUGACGCCGUUUGUAUGACUCUUCUGAGAGUUGAGGGAGCUAGAUCCAGAAUGUGCAAAAGGGUA